AUUUGGAGUGCCUUGGUUAUUACGUGUGUAACCCUUACGUGUAUCGCCUAUGGCAUGUUGGCAGAACGUUAUUCGGCACAGAAACUACAAACGGUUGUGGAAAAUUCACAAUAUCCGGUAUAUCAGAUACCAUUUCCGGCUGUGGGUGUUUGUCCCAAUAAUCACAUUAACUGGAAUCGUUUUGAAGCGGCCAAAUCUAUAUUUUUACCACCGAAUGCCGAUCACAAUGUUGUCGAAGUGUUUACAACAUUUGUUGGCAACAUGGAAUCGUUGGCCUUUGGACAAUUUCAAAGUUUCAGUGAAAUGGAUGAUGUCAAUUUGGAACUGUUGGAUGGUAUUGAUGUUACCAAUUUGACCCAAUACAUGUCGAUACGGUGUGAGGACAUCUUCGUGAAGGGUCAGUGUUAUUGGAGGCGAGUACCCAUCAAUUGUUGUUCGAUGUUUAUAAUGGAGAAAACGGAACAUGGUUAUUGUUUUGUAUUCAAUUCGAUAUUGUCCAAGGAAUCGAGGCAGUUGAGGGAAAAAAGUGGCCACAAAUUCUAUCCUUUUCAUAAUUCGAAGGCUGGCCAAGGUUCCGGUUUGGCAUUUCAAAUUAAUUUAAAGAAUUCAAUGAAGAAGCCAGAUUCGAAAUUGGAUGAUACAAUAACGAUCCUAAUAAAACGUCCAGAACAGUUAUCCAACAAUGGUUAUACCAUUUCGGCUGGCACGGAAGCUUAUGUUAUUGUUCGUCCUGAAAUCACCGAAAGUUCCAAGGAUAUACGACCGUUGAAGCAAGAGCAACGUAAUUGUUUCUUUGAAGAUGAAAAUGCUUUGAAGAAUUAUCAGGUCUCUCCAAAAGUUGACAAAGAGUUGAUUUUGAAUAAUUGUGUAAAUGUCUGUCACGAAGAACAUUUAAGGAAAUAUUGUAACUGCACUCUACCGCAGUUCUUUUUGAGUACAGAUCCAACAGUGGAAACCUGCCAUCCCUCACAAUUUCGUUGCUUGGCCAAACACAAUGAUAUUUUCAGUUACGAUAAACGUUUGGAGGAAGAUGCCUAUUUUAGUUCGGCAAAGCCAGGAAUGACUUGCUCUUGUUUAAUCCCUUGCAAUAUAAUUGAAUAUUAUACAUCGCUGACCACUCUGCCCUACAAUGGACCAACAAACUCUACAGAGGAACAAUUUUAUAAAGUCGAUGUCCACUACCAAUCGGAGGUUGUCAUCAAAUAUCGUACCAGUUUGGAAUUUACAAGCAUUGACUUAAUUGCUAACUUUGGUGGCGUUUUUGGUCUGUGUUUGGGUGCCUCGAUGGUCAGUGCUGUUGAGUUGUUCUAUUACCUCACCGUUGGCCUCGCUCUCAAUUUGUACGAUAAUAACUAUUAUGCCAUAUUGAAGCAACAUAUACAAGAUUUACGAAUGAAAUGGAUAUCCGGCAUACGAGAAACACUCAAUGAAGAAUACGGUAAUGGUACUUCCUCGAAGAGGAAAACCUCAUUUGUACCGAAACGUCCGCAGCAGAAAGCGAAUAAGUGGUGA